CGCAGACUUCUCCCACUGUCAAGUCUUCGGAGAGCCGGAUCGGAUCGGAGCGAUCCUCGGAGAGCCGGAUCAGCUCUUCGUCGUCCAACAAUGGCGGCCUUAAGAGUGCUCGAACAACACUGGGUUUCUCCGCCGCCACCGACCGGACCACGGCCGGCGCUCCCCCUCACCUUUUUCGACAUACCUUGGCUGGAUCUCAAUCCCGUCGACCGCCUCUUCUUCUACCGUUUUCCUCAUUCAUCCGCCGUCUUCCUCGACUCUCACCUUCCCAAUCUCAAAUCCUCUCUCGCCCUUACAUUGAACAACUUUUACCCUCUCGCCGGAACUAUUCGCCGAUCCUCCGCUUAUGACGAUCGUUUUGAAAUCUGUAACUCCGACGGUGACUCUGUUUCUCUAACUGUCGGCGAGUUUGAAAAUAUGGAUUUCAACGAUAUCUCAGGCUAUCACCGGCGUCCUUUUGGGAAGCUUCUCUUGUUGGUUCCUUCGCUGCCUAAGUCUUCCGAUGCACAACCGUUGUUGGCAAUACAGAUUACUGUAUUUCCCAACCAAGGCCUUUGCUUAGCCCUCAAAGUGCACCACGCCGCCUGCGACGGCUUCAGCUCCAUCCAUUUCCUCAAAUCCUGGGCCGCCGCUGCCAGCCGUGCCGCCGCCCCACCUUCUCCUCCUUCCCUGGACCGCUCCUCCAUCUCCGAUCCCUAUUCCCUCUCUUCGAAACUCGCAAAAACAGUUCUUCUCCAAAGAUCCCUUCCUCACCACCACAAACCCUCCCCUCCAUCCCCAACCUUAGCCGCUGCCACCUUCACUCUCCCCUCUCAUCAAAUUCAAGCCUUGAAACUGAAACUCCAAUCAAAAGACUCCUCCUUCCACAUCUCCACCUUCGUGAUUUCCUCCGCCUGUUCGUGGAUCUGCCUCCUCAAAACCAAGGUAAACGACGACGACGACGACGAUCUCAACCGCGUGGCUCAUUUCUUCUUUUCAGUCGACUGGAGAAACAGGAUGCGGCCGCCGCCUCCGGCGAACUACUUCGGGAACUGCUUAGGAUGCCCUUGCUUUGUGAAAGCCAAUGUUGGGGACAUUGUUGAAGAAAAAGAUGGGUUUUUUAUGGCAUGUAAGGUUAUAGGAAAAGCGAUUGAGGGGAUUGGAGUUGAUGUGUAUGAGGAGAUGGAUGGUGUGAUUCAGAAGGUGAUACAGGUUCUGCCACAUAAGCCUUUGUCGAUUGCAGGGUCCCCGAAGCUGCGAGUUUAUGACUGUGAUUUUGGAUGGGGGAAGCCGGAGAAGGUGGAGAUGACUUCGAUUGGGGGUGCGGGAGCUUUUUCCAUGGCGGAGAGCAGGGAUGAUAAGGGAGGAGUGGAGAUCGGUGUGGUUCUACCGGAGGAUGAGAUUAUUGAAUUUGGGAAGCAGUUUGACAAGUUUCUAGAUAAGUGUGAUUGAUUUGUUGCUUAUUAGUUGUUGCUAAUAAGGUUAUGGAUGUUUGAAUUGUCUGUUUGUUGGACUUGUAACGUUUUAAUGUUAUUUUCUAAAAAUAAAUUAUGUGAGGUUUAUUCUUGUUGCGGGC